AUGCAAACCAACUCCGAAAAGGUGGAAUACGUACAAAAAAGACUAUCCAGACUUAGCGUCAUCACUUUUUUCAAAAAAUACAGAUAUAGAUAUGACUCUCGCAAUGUUGCCCAGGAAGAUCUCAGAAAAUGUUUGGAUCAUAUAAGCCGCUCUGUAAAGGCUAAAGCUGCAAACAAUAUGUUUAAGUCAAAGCAGGCCGAGGAUUUUUGGCAGAAACUCGAGAAAAAACAAUUGAAUGAUGAUGUAAACUUUUCUAAGGAAAAACAUAAUAAGAAACUUAUCAUUAACGUUUUGCGAGAGCACGAUGCUGUCAGUGGCCUAAUGGUCUCUAAAACUGAAGGUUCAAUCCAACAAACUUCCAUUGAUGAUGACCCUCCCAACGGCGACGACCUUUCUGAUGAAGAUCUUUCUAAUGAAGAUCUUUCUGAUGAUGAAGACCUUACCAAUGAUGAAGACCUUUCCGAUGGUAACGACCUUUCCAAUAAUGACGACCUUUCCAACGAUAAAAACGAUGACUUUUCUAAUGGUGGUUCUAACUCAGGGAAAAAUAUAGAGUAUGAGAAUGAAGACGACGUGGAAGUUGCCGACUUAUGUGAGCCGCAUGUGAUGGAAGCUGAAACUGGAAAAGUGCUAACUUCAGAUGAAUGGGCGAAAGUACGGGCACUAGUGAAGAGCUAUCGAUUAAAAAUACCGAAGACGAGGUGUCAACACGGGCCAACCACAAAAUUACUUAAUCGAUAUAUACCAUCAAUGCGUCGGUCACUACCUGACGUGAGCUUUGAUUUGCCGAGCCUUUCGGCUGAACAAGAUAAAUUCUUUGAUGAACUGCUUGCGGCAGAGGACCUACAAGAUGUUCGCGCAAGUACCUCUGAACAACGAAAUGCCAAAAAAUUGGUUGAUAGAAUCAACGAUUCAAUAAAUUGCCCCAACAAAGACAAUAUCCCAGAAUAUGAACACACCAUGCGCAAUGUAAUUCCGUUCGUUGACGCAUCAAUCAGAGAUGCGUCAGACUAUGUUAUACGCUAUUUUGAAAGUACGCUUCGUGCCACAGCAAUACGUCGUAAUUCAGGUGGAGAUCCUACAGAGCGUGCACGAAUGGGAUAUAGGGUAGAUGUGCUUGUCAAAUUUAAUGGCCUACAUUGGAGUCCUGACCUUGGGUGUGGCGAGAUAUCAGGAGGACUUCCAAGAUGCUCUUCCGCUAAAGAGUGGAUGGAUACUCUUAAACUUGGAUGGGAAUUACGUGAUGUGUGGGCUCUGACUCAAGAUCAGUUGAAUGGAGUGGACGCCAGUAACUUAAUCGUGUGGGGCUUUGCUGUUGUUGCUCGCACAAUUCGUAUUUACGCACUCACGGCUGCUGGUGGAUUGUUUCAUCUCAUACUUGCUUACGAAGCGCCUAUGCCAUCAUCGAGAUGGGACAAAUAUAACAUCAAAAUCGCUUAUUGUACUUUUUUGGGACUUUUACAAAAGUUGGAUGCUACCAAGAAGAUGCUUGUCGAUCUGAACAACGAAAGGAUAAAAAAUGUUAUGCAUUGGAGUAAAACGGAAAAAGUUGUCUGCUGUUUUUCCUUCCCCACCAAUCACUGGGUCACCAGCAAAAAAAAAGAGAAAAUAAAAUUGUAA